AUGCAGCGGCGGGAACUUCCGGAGCGAGGCUUUUGGAACGCGACGUCGGCGCCAGCGAGCACCGUUAUCCUCGGCCGCGCUGUCAAAAACGAGUACCUCACCCUCGGUACCCUCUUCACCGUUGCGGCGGGUGUUAUGCUGGCCGGCGGUGGCAAGAAGGACACGAAGCCUCCGACCCUCCAGCAGGUCAAGGAGUCGGUCAAGAUUGGCGCGAGCUCAAACAUCAAGAACUUCAUUGCAGAGGCGGAGAAGGAGAGCGGGUCGAAACACUGA